AUGGGGAAUGGCCCACUUGAGCGAAAGCUCGAAUUUGAGAAGCGCAACCAAGAUCUGGUAAAGCUACCCAAGUAUGCAAAGGUGGAAAAGCGUCCAAUCCCUCAUGCCCCUGUCGCGUCGCCAUAUGCGGGCCCGUCCGUGCCUAAAGUCGUCUACGUUUCUAGCAACACCCCAUUCAUGAGUGCCGUGAAGCGCGUCCAGAAAUUACUCCGACAAGCCGAGAAACGCGCCACAGCCAAGAUUAGCCUCGAGGAUACGCGCAAAACAGAGAAACAGAAGCUCGCGGAAUUGGCUAAUUCUGCUGAGCAGCGGGAGGAGGUCUUUGUCAAGGCUACCGGGCGGGCAAUCGAAAAGGUGCUCAACGUGGGGAAGUGGUUCGAAGAAAAAGAAUCAGAAUACUCGGUCCGCGUGAAUACUGGAAGUGUCCUUGUCGUGGAUGAUAAGGAACAGAAGCAAAAUGAUACAACCAAAACCGAGCCUGAGCAAGGCAUUGCGAAGUCUGACGCGAAGAAGCGUAAACGACAAGAGAAGCCCGAGGCUUCCGAUGAUUAUGAGUUACCCGAGACGCGAACCCGAUGGAUUAAAAUGGUUGAGGUCGCCAUCAGCCUCAAGUGA